GUGAGUCGGACCCUCUGUCCCUCUGAGCCAACAUCUGAGACGGGACCCUCUGACCAGAUUAUAUUUGUGGAUGUCUCUUCCAUGGCACCAUUUAAUAUUUCCUAUGAGCUGCUAGUCACCAGGCUCAAGAACUUCCAACUUGAGACCAACAAAGCCUUUAACUUCACUGCCAGCCCUUCCCAGCCCCAGUAUUUUCUGUACAAGUUUCCUGAGGAUGUCGAUUCAGUCAUUAUUAAAGUGGUGUCUGAUGCAGUCUACCCGUGCUCAGUUGUCUCUGUCCAGGAUAUUGUGUGCCCAGUGUAUGACCUGGACCACAAUGUGGAGUUCAAUGGUGUUUACCAGUCUAUGACAAAGCAGGCAGCUAUAACUGUGCAGAGAAAGGACUUCCCAGGUGAGCAAUUCUUUGUUGUGUUUGUCAUCAAGCCAGAGGAUUAUGCCUGUGGGGGUUCAGUGCCUUCUUCCAUUCGUGGAAACGUCAACCGUACCUGGAAUCUGCAGCGGACGAAGAACCUUCAAGUGACAAUUGUGCCCUCUAUUAAAAAGUCUGUUUAUGUCCAGGCCAUGUUCUUCAGCUUCCUGAGCUUCCUCUCCUUUUACCUGGGUUCAGUGGUGGUUGCUUUCGUGCACUACAUCAGGGUUCAGAGGAAGGCUGCAGCUGGGAGACUGAGUCCUGAGGAUGGAUCCGGGAUGAUGACGUCUUCACACCCCAUCACAGCCAGCACCCCUGAAGGAAGCAGCUAUGGUGCUAUUGACGAAUCCAGCUCCAGUGGUGGUCAGCAGUUGUCUACCCCUGAGCGUGGGCCACCAGCUGGUUCUGACACAGACAGCUCUGUGGAGGAGGAGAGUGACUUCGACACCAUGCCAGAAAUUGAAAGUGAUAAGAACGUCAUCCGCACCAAGGUGUUCCUCUAUCUGUCAGACUUGUCCAGGAAGGACCGAAGGAUUGUCAGCAAAAAAUACAAAAUCUAUUUCUGGAACAUCAUCACCAUUGCAGUGUUUUAUGCCCUGCCAGUCAUCCAGCUGGUCAUCACUUACCAGACGGAGGCGGGAGUGCAGCUGUUUUCCUGCUCAUCUGAUGUCUCAUUUGGGGCCUGUUUCAAUUUUAGAGACAGGAAAAAUCUGCUGUUAUCUCAAAGACAACUAAAAGCAAGUAGUGAAUGUGACAGGCAAUCAGGACAUCUGCUACUACAACUUCCUGUGCGCCCACCCCCUUGGGGUCCUGAGUGCCUUCAACAACAUCCUCAGCAACGUGGGCCACACACUGCUGGGCUUUCUUUUCCUCCUCAUUGUGCUGCGCAGGGACAUCCUCCACCGUCGGGCCAUGGAGAUGAAGGAUAUUUAUACUCUGUAUGUCCAUGCUGCUGUGGUGACCCACCCUGGGCUUAUGGAGACAAGGAGAUGAGUAGAAGAACAAUUCUCGUGGCUGUGGCUUUUCCUUCAGCACUCACUGGGGAGGAUCUGGGACAGCAGGAAUGUCCCGAGAUGCUUUUGUUCAGAGACUAUGGAAUCCCAAAGCAUUUUGGUCUCUUUUAUGCUAUGGGCAUUGCCCUGAUGAUGGAAGGGGUGCUCAGUGCCUGUUACCAUGUCUGCCCUAAUUACUCCAAUUUCCAGUUUGACACCUCCUUCAUGUACAUGAUCGCAGGACUGUGCAUGCUCAAGCUCUACCAGACCCGCCACCCAGACAUCAAUGCCAGUGCCUACUCUGCCUAUGCCUCGUUUGCUGUGGUCAUCUGUCUGGCUGUCCUUGGAGUGGUGUUUGGGAAAAAUGAUGUGUGGUUUUGGGUCAUUUUCUCUCUGAUCCACGUUUUGGCCUCACUGGCUCUCAGCACCCAGAUCUACUACAUGGGCCGCUUCAAGAUUGAUGGCCCUGACUCAGACUUGGGGAUAUUUCGACGGGCAGCGAUGGUGCUGUACACAGACUGUAUCCAGCAGUGCAGCCGACCCAUGUACAUGGUAAGUGUAGGUCUCCGCUGGAGCAGUUUAAUCCCCACUCUCAGGCCUCCCCUGAUCUCAGGCUUGGUGAACAAAAACAUCGGAGCAAAGGACAGGAUGGUGCUGCUCAUUGUUGGAAACCUGGUCAACUGGUCCUUUGCUAUCUUUGGGCUGGUCUAUCGGCCCAGAGACUUCGCCUCCUACAUACUGGGGAUCUUCAUCUGUAACCUGUUGCUGUAUCUGGCUUUUUACAUCAUCAUGAAGCUCCGCAGCUCUGAGAAGCUUCUGCCCAUCCCUUUGUUCUGCAUCAUGGCCACAGCAGUGGUGUGGGCAGCUGCCCUCUACUUCUUCUUCCAGACCCUCAGCAGCUGGGAGGAGACUCCAGCAGAGUCCCGGGAAAAGAACCGGCCAUGCAUCCUGAUGGGCUUCUUUGAUGACCAUGAUGUCUGGCACUUCCUCUCCGCAGCUGCCUUGUUCUUCUCCUUUCUGGUUCUGCUGACCCUGGAUGAUGACCUGGACACGGUGCGCAGGGACAAGAUCCCGGUGUUCUGAGUCCCCAAGGGACAGAGGCGCAGGAGCGUCCCAAACUGCUCAGCCAAAGGCACCAGGCCACUGGCAUCUGUGGGGAUUGAGCCUUCUUCUGUGGCCGACAGCCCCGUGGGAGCAGGGGGUGCCAGAUCCCGCAGCAAGUAUGGAGGGGUGCUGUGGUAACUGAGGCAGGACCAGGAGGGAAGAAGACAUUUGCUCCUUUCCCACUGCACUCUCUGGGGCCAGUGCACAGCCCCUCUGGCCUGUAGGUGCAUCGGGUGCUGGAGCCAGCGAAGAGGGAGGAAACAAGGUGUGUUUGAGCCCUUUGCUUCCCUUCCUCCCUGCUGAUGUGCUCCGCUCACCCUCUGGUGAGUGGGCUUGAGAAGUGCAAUGCAGCUCCUCGGGCAUUGGCAGCUGGCGCCUGUACCCUGCCAGCUGCUGCCCUCAGAACGUCCUUCCAGCAGCACAGGGACAGUGUUUGGUUCCUCACCAGCAGCCACCGAGCGAGUAAAGGACUCCAAGGUGGGGUGGCAGUGGGGGAUUAGGUUUUUUUGGUUUUGUUGUUUGGGUUUGUUUUGUUGUUGUUGUUGGAGAGGCUCCUUCUGUACCUGGCAGGGAGCCACGUUAACAAGAGAAACAAGUCCAAGGGACUGCAGUGUUGGAGAGAGAUGGUGGACUAGAGCUGCCCAUGAGUGCUCUGCCAGAGGAAGAACCUCCUGCCUUGCUUUUUGCAGACUGUCACACAUGUUGACCAACCUCACUUCUCUCUGGCAGCUCCUACACAGGUGCUUGUCAGUGUGAUGGCUUCCUUCACAGCACCAGAAGUGCUGCCCUUGAGCAACCCUAAGAGACAUGGUGAGGUGAAACUGCAGCCUUGUGCACCAGGUAACUCCAUUGCUCCUGCUGCCUGGCCUUCCUAAAGGGCUGAGGUGGAACAGGGAGGCUGUCCAGCAGCCUCAGAUUUUCUACUUCCACAAGAUUGCUUUGGGCCCACUUGGCAAAGUGAGUUCCCUGUGGGCUACAGGUGUGGAGGAGGUUUGGGGCAGUUGGGUUGAGCUCUUUAGCUAAAGAUUUGGAGCUAACUUCUUUCACCUCUAACUUUUCUGUAUCUGAAAUAAGUUUUUAAAAUGGCUUCUGCAUUCUUCUUGAUUCUCAGUUAUUUAAAAAAACGAGAACAAGGUGUGGAUUAUUUCAGGCCUUGCAUCUAAAAUGUGACCUGUUUUGCUAAUUUGGAAUUUAAAAGUAUUCUUUCAGGCUUGCUGUCCUUAUUCUUGUCAUUGUCUGAACAUUUUUCUUUGGUUUAUGUGCAUGUACCCAGUGAUUCAAAAAACCCAUUCCAGUUGUGCUUACUAAAGCAGAAGACUAUGGUAAUUUUCUACUCCAAAAAGGCUGUAUUUCCUAGAAGGGUUUUGCACUAGGUUGUUUAUGGGUUUUUUGUUUUGUUUUGUGUUUUUUUUUUCCUAAGUUGGACUUUGUCAAGAUGGUCAAUAAAAUGAAUGUUCUUGGCUCCCCG